AUGUUGGCUCAAUCUGUGGAGCCCCCGGGCGCCAUCAUUUUGAAUCCGACGUUGACAAUCUUGAGCGCAUGUGUUGCUACCAUCUUCACGUUCAUUGCGCUGGCUACGAGAGACCGCCCGGGAUUGUUGACUGGGUACAUGUUUACUUUUCUCCAUCGCACUGGCCUUCGUUGGCCAAAGUUACUUACUACGUCAGGAAGCUCGGCAUCUGCUGCAAAGCACAAAUCUUCAAAGUCAAUUGGUCUGGCCAUCAGUGCUAACUCCGACAGUGACCGUCUCUCAUCCGAAGAGCCCUUGCUCGCACUCGAACUUGGCCCAAUUAGUCCCACAUUCUCUAACUUGUCGAGUUCGCCAAGCCUACAACAUCCGAAAAAUUCACACGGUAUCCCGCUCCCUCCCGGCUCCCCAAAUCCUGAGCAUCCAAGCAAAAAGAUUGGCUUGUUUGCUGCAGCGUGGUCUGGCCUACGCCUGUCCGCUCUUGUUAGGGCUACCGUUUGGGCUACCGCGAUUGCGCUGAUGCACUAUCUUGGGAUCAAAGCCAUCGACAUACCCAAUGGUCGCAUCGUCCUCUCACCGAUUCACAUCGGCUUUUCGGCUGGCCUUGGCUUGUUGGGCAGUACCCUUGGAUGUAUCGUCAUGGAUCUUGAGCUCGACCUCAGUGGCCAGCUCGUCUGCGCUACCUUGCUGAGCCUUAGUGUUUUCGCAUUCCACUACUCGGGGGUAGCAAGCAUGCAAAUCAUCUCUUCGUCCAGGUCUCUCUACGAGCAACGUCACCGGUCGGGCGUCCUGCCCAUGGAUAUCGCGAUUAUUAUUAGCGUUCUUGCCGUCGCAACUUGUCUGGUCUCCAUCGGUCUACUGGUCUACACGGCCUCACUAUCACGAAACAGGAUGGCCGAGCUUGUUAACACCAAGCGCCAAUUAGGGCAAUUGAGCAUUGAAAACGAGACAGUUGCCCGCUUAGCUGAGCUCAAGCAGAACUUCAUAUCUGUUGCCUCCCACGAACUGAGAACGCCUCUUUUUUCUGUGACCGGUUAUGCUGAAUUGCUGGCACGGACAGACUUGAACAAGGAGCAGAGAUGGUAUCUAUCCAACAUGCAACAAGCCUGUGCGAAUAUGCAAUUGAUAAUUGCGAAUGUCUUGGACUUCUCGAAACUGGAAAGAAACAACAAUGAAUCGUGCGCGAAGCCGGUCCUGGUGAACAUCCGCUCGAUGCUCGAAGGGAUUGCUCAAAUGACUGAAGACAGGAGCGACCUGGCCGGAAAGAAGCGGGCGGUGGAUCUAAUCGUCCAGAUUGCUGAGGACGUCCCGGAGACUGCUAUGCUCGACGAGACGUUCUUCAUGCGGAUCUGUAUGAACCUCUUGAGUAACGCCCUCAAGUUUACCGAACGCGGACUGAUCAUGAUCGAUGUCGAGCUGAGUGACACAGAAACACUAUCACUCAAAGUACAAGAUACUGGAAUUGGCAUCCCCCCCAAUUUCAUGAGCUCAUUGUUUGAGCCUUAUCGUCAAGCAGAUAGUAGCACUACUCGACCUCAUCAGGGUACCGGCUUGGGCUUGAGUAUUUGCAAACAACUCGUUGAACGCCUGAGUGGGACUAUCGAAGUUGAUUCAGAAGUGGGAAAAGGCACAACGUUCACUGUCAGGUUACCUCUGACACGCACCACAGAUCCUCCGUACACCGCGCCAACCCAGCGACACACGAUCUGCCUAGCGUACAAUGAGAAAGUCACCGAAGACAGACUGGGCGAAGCUCUUCGUAAGGCUGGUCACCGGACUGUUGGAAUGCACAGCGAACCUGAGCUCGCCGAAAGCUGGUUGAACAGUGGAGAAGCCGAUUUGGUUUUAACGGACGCGGCAAGUUUACAAUCGUCGGAACUCUUGCAAGCUUCCGUUGAUCGCCGCCGUUUUUGCAUGGGAAGCUUGUUGGAGUCUGCCGAAGAGUUACAAGAUCGUCGUUGGCCAAAAUUUGUCCUCACGUCUUCGACCAACUUGGGGGAGAAGUUCACACAGCACUGGCUCCUGAAUGCUCCGAACAUGAUCAGAAUUCGCCGGCAAGGCAUUAUCCCGCAUCUUAUCUUCAACCUCCUACAGGAUACCGACAAGUAUGCGCAUGAGAUAGACCUUAACGUGGCUGAAGAGCGAAGGUUGCCCGAAAGAGGCGAAGUAGUUCGGGACGAGUCUUAUCAAACACGCAACUCCGACUCAAUAUCCUCCCUCAGCUCUCCAGUCUUUGAGUUUGAAAGGCCUGCCACCCACAUCACCGAAUCACCCGCGAGUAGCCCAUCGGGCUCGCACGCCGACCAGUUUGAGCCCAUCCCGUUACCUCGCUCAGUCGAAUCUGUAUGCGACGAAUCUCAAUCACUCUGCGCGGACGAACCGGAGAUCAACAAUGGCACUCAACGGAAGAUUUUAUUGGUGGAUGACAACCCAAUCAAUGUCCAGCUGGGAGCACGCCUUAUCGGCUUGCUCGGAUACGAGGUCGAUUCUGCUGCUGAUGGCUACGAGGCCGUUACAAAAGCCUGCGGUUCAAACUUCGAUCUGAUAUUAAUGGAUUGCCAAAUGCCUGGCUUGGAUGGGCUGUCAGCUACCCGGAAAAUCCGCGAAUACGAAGCACACUUCCCGAGUCGAGAGUGCAGCCGACCAGUGCCGAUCAUCGCCCUCACAGCUAACGUGAGCGAAUCGGAUCAGGCAGAUUGUAGGGAGAGUGGGAUGGAUGGCUUCUUGCCGAAGCCGCUACAAAUCAAUGUCUUGAAGUCUACUUUACAUACAUUCCUCGGUUGA